AUCAGUGCCGACCAUAUUCCCUAGGGGAACAAGCUCGAGGGGGGCGAGCGGCACCGACGUCAGCUGCAGGGGGUCUCGUGCUCUGGAGAAAAGGCAGCGGCUGGAGACACUCCAGGAAUGCCAGUCUGAGUAUGCAGCUGCAGAGGAAAUAGAUGGCUUCACUGCUGAUGGGGUCCCAUCAAUUGAUGUGAAUUCAACAAAAGAUCAACACUGUGACUUAUGCAUGCAAGCAUGUCUGAGGCCACCAACAAGGACUAUGGCUAUGCAGUUCAAAUCAAGUAGACGGGCUAAAGAUGUGCAGGCUACAAUAACAAUGGUCACUGUUGGGACUCAGACUGAGACAGAGGAUGACAACACAGAGCUGCAAGAAGAUGAGUUGUGCGAUUCAGAUCACAUGUCUACAGAUGAUUUGGAUUCAGAUCACAUGUCCACAACAGAUGAUUCGGACUACAAGCUGCCAUCUUCCGAUGAUUCAGAGGAGAAUCCUGUCUCUGAGCACAAUACUCCACCAGUGCCUCCACCUGAGUCGCCUGCAGGUCGAGUUUUUCUUGUUUUCUGGGAAUGCAUGGUGACUCUGUUUUCAACAUGGUGCAGCUGUGGACGUUGUGGGAGCAGAUCACUAUCCUGGCACUGUAAAGAACUUGGAACAUUAUUGCAGGUCACCAUACGAUGCAGCGAAUGCAGUAACCAAGGACAGUGGAACAGUCAACCUUUCUUUGGCAGAACAGCAGCUGGGAAUGUGUUGUUGUCCGCUGCCAUUUUGUUUAGUGGGGCCACUGUCACCAAGGUGCUACGUGUGUUAUCACGAAUGGGCGUUGCUGUAAUGUCGGAAAGAUCCUUCUUCAGACACCAAGACCAGGUGCUUUUCAAAGCUGUGAAGCGACAUUGGGGCGAGCAGCAGUUUAGCAUGCUCUGUCUUCUACAGGCAGAAGGGGAACCCAUCGUGUGUGGGGGUGAUGGACGUGCCGACACCCCAGGGCAUUGCGCAAAGUACGGCACCUACUCGAUGAUGGAGCUCCGGAAAACGGCUGUGAUAGACGUACAACUUGUACAGAGCAAUGAGGUUGGAGGGUCCUACCACAUGGAGAAAGUGGGCCUGCAGCGAUCCCUUGAGAAAGUCCAAGGCUUUGUGGAUGUCGGAACUCUUGUGACAGACAGGCACAUGGGCAUCAACAUGAUGAUGAGGGAGGACCAUCCAGACAUUACGCACCAGUUUGACAUAUGGCAUGUAGCCAAGAGUGUCAAGAAGUUGCUGCAGAGCCUUGGACAAACCAGAGGUUGCCAGGAUGUCAAACCCUGGGUGGGAAGUAUAGUAAACCAUCUCUACUGGGCUGUGGUCUCGACGCCUCCUGGCAAUGCUCAACUUGUGGUGGACAAAUGGAUAUCAGUUCUGGAUCACAUCCACAACAGGCACACCGGGUUCAAGGGACUAUUCUCUUCUUGUGCGCACGGAGUCUUGGAAGGCAGGGAACAGCGUAAACCAUGGCUGAAAUAUCAUACAAAGGUGUCUGUUGAGGUUGAGAAGAUCAUCCGGAACAAGAGGCUGUGUGCAGAUGUACAACGCCUGUCCCCGUCACACCAGACAUCCUACGUAGAAGCAUUCCACAGCCUGAUUACACACUUCGCGCCUAAGAUGUGCCACUUUUCAUACAAAGGGAUGGAGAGCAGAGUGAUCCUGGCUGCUUUGCAUUUCAAUGAGAAUGCAAACAGGGAGCAGCAGAGCAGAAAGGAUGGCGAGAUGAUGUUCAACUUGCGGUAUCCGAAGUAUAAGAAGGGCGGCUACAUUGUCAGGAAAGUGUUGACAGAGCCAUCUUUUGGCUAUGCUGAAGAGCUGAUGCGGAUGGUGGAGGCUAUGUGUCGAGGUGAGGACUACAGCUGUGAUGACUUUGACAUUCCAGACCCAUCCCCUGUUCCAGAGCCACUGAGUGCAUCAUGUGAAAAGCCGGAUAAGAGGGCAGCAGUCAGUGCACACACACACAACCCGCUUUAGCACCACAAACAACCCUUGAAUAUAGACAUUACCAAAAGUUUGAUGCAGAUAAUUCGAAAACCACAGUACAGGGUUUGUUGGAAGGACAUUUUUUUUGUUUUGUUUUUUGUUUUGUUUUGGGCAGGUUUCCUUACACCAAUUGCAGGUCAGGAAUCAAAUUAAUUUGAAUGUUGUGUGUACAGACAAAGCUUAUAUCAACACAACUAACAGUAUUUAAAUGAACUUUGUUCAAGUAUGUAUGAAUCAUUAAUAAUGAGAAGGAGGAGUAAGAGUAGAGGAGAAGUGUUAUGAAAUUCGUCAGCAGGUGCAUUGCGUCAACAAUGUAGGCUAGUGCGCUCUGCUGAAUAUGGACACCUUCCUACUCAGUUAUGCACGAUUCGAAUUGGCAUCAUUAUUAUUAGUCUAAUCAUCAUAAUAAUGUAACGCCCAAGAGCUUACAUAGGAGUUACAAUUAACUUCUAGUUUAUAAUCAUAAUCAUAAUAAUAAAAAUGAUAGUAGGCUAUGCGUAAUAGUAGGCCUAGGUUUAAUUCGUCAAUAGGCCCUACAUCGCGGAAACAAUGCAGCCCGCGAGGCGUUGGAUUUUUUUUUAUAGCCAUGGGAUAUUUUUUUUUGACCAUGAAAUGUCUUAAUAGCAGUCUGGCCUUAGUUUAUACAUCAACUUGAAUCCAUCAUAUUGUGGCGAAGGAGAAAGCAGGCAGGCAAUAUUGUUCUUUAUCAAAAUGAUAUUGAUGGACAUAUUUUAUGUUUGUUCA